GGAAGUAAAGGGUAUCCAUCUACCCGUACCCGGAUAUUAUGAGGCAAAUGCGAGCGCCAGAUAAAUGCACGUGUACUUGUACAAAUACGAUAACAACCCAGUGAAUGAACUAGAAUCUACCUCACCGCACCGAGAAGGGGAAGUGUUGGCAUUUUUUUUGGAGAGUGUCGGUAACAAAGCCAUUUGAGGAAGUUCAUCUGUGCUCACGGUGUGUGAUCACUGAAACAGUCGUAUUAAACUGGAUUGAUCGUUCGGGGGAAGCACUCUGCACAGAAUUUUGCAGAAUUCUGUGACUUUCUUCACAACUUCGCCAUUCGCUUCCCUCACCGCGCCGCAGUUCCACACGUUCCUUGAGCGAAACAUUAGAAUUUUCCAACUGUGCCUUCAAUUCCGUAGCUGUUAUAACCACCAUUUGACGGGAUGUCUGACACAUCAUCAAGCAGCGGCCUGAAACAAAGGAAGGUCAAGUCUCCGUCGUCUUCCCCUGGGGUGGAGGAAGUGGACACCAAGAAGAAAGAGCAAGUGCCUGUGCCACAUGUUCGGAAACUAAGACCGCCGACUUUAUGGCAGCGUGUUAAAUUUCUACUGAAAAUACUGUUGGGGGUCGCCAUUAUUGCCGGUGGAAUUACGUAUUACAUAGAGUCACCAAUCAAUCCUGAAGGUUUCAGUCUUCCAACUCCUCCGACUCUAAAGGGCGUUCUUGCCCCCAACACAAGGCUGUAUGAUGGUGUCAAGAUCCUGGAAGGGAAGAUCCGAGGCCCGGAGUGCCUGGUGGAAUAUAAGGGUAAAAUUUUCACAGGGACGUAUGACGGUGCAAUCAUGAGAAUCACCAAUGAAUCAAGCCUGCGUAGUAUGGGAAGGCUAGGUACCAGACCAUGCGGCACUCCAGCUAAUGAGCCCAGCUGUGGACGCCCACUAGGAAUGAGAAUCUACAAUGGUGAUAUUCAUGUGAUGGACAGCUAUAUGGGGCUCUUCCGUCUGAAGCACAAUGGAGUUAUUGACUGGCUACUGACCAGUGCUAGGUCCUACGAUCAGUUUCCCCUCAAGUACGGUAACGACCUGGAAAAGAUGAAGGGUGACAACAAAGACUUCUUCUUCAUCGAUUCUUGCAAGACGUGGGACCACCGCCAGCGAGAUAACAUCUUGUGGGAGGCGGGUGGCUGUGGGAGGUUAUUGUGGUUCAACCCUGUGAACAACAUGAGUAACAUUGCCAUACCUAAGCUGUACUACCCAACAGGCAUACAGUUCUCCCCCGAUGAAAACUUCAUGCUCAUCUCAGAAGCAACACGCUUCCGCAUUCUCAAGUAUUAUUUCCAGGGCCCACUAUCCGGUGGCUAUCAGGUAUUUGCCAAGAAUUUACCGGGUUCCCCAAUGAAGGUCCGGCCCAGCGCCAGCGGGGGUUACUGGGUGGCUCUGGCUCACGUCGGGGGACGGAUUGGCUCCUCCAUUCCCAUCAUUGACUUCCUGUAUGAGAGGCCCUGGCUGCGGAAAAUCAUCACAAAGUAUAUCGACGCUGAAACCCUCACCAGCUGGCUGCCCAAGUACGGCAUGAUCCUAGAGCUGGACCAGCAGGGUCAGAUCAUCCAGAGCCUGCAUGACCCCACGGGGGAAGUGGUCUCAUCUGCAAGCAGUGUCCUGGAUACAGGAGACGCACUGUAUGUUGGCUCAGCCGACAAUAAUUACAUUGUGAAAAUCGGGAUGGAAGACCGACCACUGGAGAAAAAAACGCAGACUAUAGAAUCAAAGAAAGCAUAGUGGAUGCUUACUAAUUUUGUUUUGAAAGAUUUUUAAGGAUUGAAAAUGAAACUACAUGUACUAUUAUUUUUUUUUAUUUUGGAGAUGGAGUAAGUUUAAUUAUUAGGCAAUUUUUUCUCCCUCCCUCUUUCAAAUGCAAUGCAUUCCUUUUGUACUUCACGUAACGCAUUGAAAAAUUUACUAUAAAAAAUAGACAUUAAGAAAAGAUGAUAAUGAAGAUGCAAGACUUAUAAAAAAACAGACUCUUGAAAAAAAAUACAUUCAGGAAAUGUUAUAAAGUGUAAGUGGUAGAAUGUACUUGAGCUCAAGUGUAACAAGAUCAGAAUAUGCCAAAAACAUCAAACCUGCUUGUGAACCAGUGUAAGUCUUGUGAAAACACAACUUGUUCAUGUUUUGAAAAGAAAUCAUCAGACAACAGAUACAAUGUUGUGUCAUGCGCAGACAGGGCCAGCAGUCAGUGGGUCCCCCCUCCCCUUGGCAAAAACCA